CAGAAAUUUGGCACUGAAAACUGUCCGUGAUCUCGUGCAUUUUUGAAUGCAAGUACAUAGUAAAAAUAGCCAAAAAGGUGCGUGUGUGACUUUUGUUUGAUAAAUGGUAUUCAAUAGAUAACGGUGAAAACAUUUCCACAAUAUUUGGUCGAUUCAAUCGACGACGUGAUCAGUCGUAAGUGUGCACUCCAGUUCGGCGGACGUGUCCCCCCAGCAGAAGCAGAAAUAGCUCCAAAGCUCAUUCGCGUUGAGCACUCUUGUCUGGACUCCUCAUGAAACGGAUCUGGAAUAGCUGACGCACGAGGUGGCAUCGGUGAAGGGAAAGGAAAUGAGAAGCUGCUUCCUGAGCCAAGUGAUAAUAAAAGCAAAAGUGUGGUUCAGUGUGUGCUCGAAAACUACGGUUUGCAUUUUGCUUCAGGGUGUUUAGAACAAGUUGUAUAUUUUUAUCGCAAGUUGCUCAGUACUUGUUGGUGCAAAGAGCAACCAAGUUCAUUCAACGCGCGAGUAUUGCAUUGUGAUCGUGCGUGACAAUGGUCAUCUCGAAGAUUUGCUGCAUAGGAGCCGGAUACGUGGGGGGUCCCACGUGCAGUGUGAUGGCACUCAAAUGUCCUGACAUCAAAAUCACGGUCGUGGAUCGCAGCGUAGAGCGAAUCGCUCAAUGGAACUCGGACAAGCUGCCCAUCUAUGAGCCCGGUCUGGACGACGUAGUGAGGGAGUGUCGAAACCGAAACCUGUUCUUCUCGACAGACAUCGAGACGGCGAUACAAGAAGCGGAGUUGAUUUUUAUUUCGGUGAACACACCAACCAAAACCUACGGCAAUGGUCGAGGGCGAGCGGCUGAUCUCAAGUAUGUGGAAGGCUGCGCUCGAAUGAUUGCGGAAAUGUCUCAAAACAGUAAAAUCGUGGUUGAAAAAAGCACCGUCCCGGUUCGGGCAGCGGAAAGUAUUAUGCAUAUUCUGAAGGCAAAUCAUAAACCCGGGGUUAAAUACGACAUUCUGUCAAAUCCAGAGUUUUUGGCGGAGGGUACUGCUGUCGAAGAUUUACUUAAGCCUGACCGAGUUUUAAUCGGUGGUGAGGAAACUCCCGAAGGCAAGACGGCAAUCGACAAACUUUGCUGGGUGUACGAACAUUGGAUACCGAAAAAGAACAUCCUCACUACUAACACCUGGAGUUCAGAAUUAUCGAAACUAGCCGCGAAUGCUUUUCUCGCACAAAGAAUAUCUUCCAUCAACUCACUUUCGGCUGUUUGUGAAGCAACCGGUGCCGACGUGUCAGAAGUAGCCCGCGCUGUUGGUCUUGAUUCCAGGAUUGGUCCCAAAUUUCUACAGGCCUCGGUUGGUUUCGGUGGUAGCUGCUUCCAGAAGGACAUUCUGAACUUGGUAUACAUUUGCGAGGGCUUGAAUCUACCGGAGGUGGCUGCCUACUGGCAGCAGGUUAUCGACAUGAACGAAUAUCAGAAAAUUCGUUUUUCGCAGAAAAUAAUCGAGUGCCUAUUCAACACGGUCACAGACAAGCGAAUAUCGAUUCUUGGUUUUGCUUUCAAGAAAAACACCGGAGACACACGGGAAACGCCUGCUAUCACGGUGUGCAGAACUUUGCUCGACGAAGGUGCACAGUUGAAUAUUUACGACCCAAAAGUGGAACCCGAACAGAUCAUUGCCGAUCUGACGCAUCCCAAAGUAGCGGAGAGUCCCGAACAGGUGAAGAAAGCGGUACAAAUCUUCUCUGACCCCUACGAUGCCGUGAGAGGGACCCAUGCGAUCGUAAUCUGCACAGAGUGGGAUGAGUUUGUUAAAUCCAUUCCCUUUCAGAGCCUCAACUACGAGCGUAUUUACCAGUCAAUGAUGAAGCCGGCCUACAUCUUCGACGGGCGCAAGAUUCUUCAGCACGAGAAACUGCAGCAAAUAGGAUUUCUUGUGCAGACCAUCGGCAAAAAGUUGAACCGUAACAUUCUGACCAGAUCGUGGGGCAGUAUUCCACAGCUGUAGAAACUAUCCUACCGAGAUCAAACACAAGGUAAAUGCUUCUUCAACCUUCUUCCUCGAAAUCAAAGCUGUAUUGCAAGCAAAUAGAACAAAUAUUUUAAUAGACCCAGAGUAAGCUAUUUAAGCAUGAAACAAAGUAUUAAAAAGCGUCACAGACCUGCCCUUCUACUUCCACUUCGAGGAGUAGCCCUAGGACAGUAAACAUUAUUUAAUUGAUAUUUAAAUCCACUACAGCAGUAAAUAGCUAUUAUAGAAUCCCGAAUUCACUUUAUACUUUACUUAAGCACAUUUACGGUUAGAAAAAAAAUUGCAAUAUAUUUAAGGAAGGCACGACACGUGUCACGUUUUCUUUCAUCUAAUGAUUGUUAGUAUACAUUUUCGCGAAAUUUGCAUGUGUGCAUUACUUUCGGUAUGACAUCUCAAACAUGUUCGUCUGUUUUUAGGCCCGAAACAGAUUUUUUCCUCCUAUCAUAAGAGAAAUAAUAAAAUUGAAUUACUGA